AUGGCAGGACAAGAGCCAGAUGGUUCCGAGCCGCCCUCGCCACGAACUGCCCGUCGACACCCACCUCUCCCCCGAAACCGUUCUGCCGGUGAACUUGAUGAACGAACUCCCUUGCUCACAACUUCAAGAUCGCACAUUCGGAUCAGUACAGCAAGCUCGAGUCGUCAGCACAGGGGUACACUGUCGCGGGAACACAGUUACUUAGGCGCUUAUCAUGGCUCUCGAAAUCACAGUCGCCAUCCUUCUUGGAGUUCGAGACUGGUUAAUGCCCUCUCAGAUCGACACGAAUCCUCCAUGACCGAAUCCAAAGGCACCAUUUUCCCCGACGAGCGCAUGUGGUACGAUCAAUUUACAAGCACCGACUGGGUCCAUGAUGCCAUUGCCGAUUCCCACAGGGUCAAGGAACUGCGCAGUCGUAAGGACUUUUGGGGCAGAUUGCGCGUUAUCUUUGACGGUGCCCAAGGCUGGAUCUUGAGCGCGCUGUGUGGCUUUAUCGUCGCGUUGAUGGCCUAUACGGUUGACGUUGCCGAAUCUACUGUCUUUGAUUUCAAAGAAGGCCACUGCACCAGAGGCUGGUAUCUCAACAAAAAGAGAUGCUGCCCUGAUAUCACCUGUGAUGACUGGGAGACGUGGUCAUAUAAGCUGAACAAUCCCUUCGGAGAGAUCUGGAGCAGUUUCGUGAUUUACAUGACCUUUGUUCUUCUCCUCGCUGCGAUGGCUUGCUGGAUGGCGCUUUGGACUAAGACUGUCGUUCCCUCAGCGUACCAACUGACGACUCUUGAUGAGAACCUGGCGGUCGAUAACAUCCACCAUACAUACGACGAUUCAAAUGAAAGCGAAUCAUCAACGCCACAGCCAGAAGCUGAGCCAAAACCAGAGAAUCCACCCAUGGUUUACUAUUCAGCGGCUGGCAGCGGAGUCGCUGAGGUUCGUGUCAUACUGAGCGGUUUCGUUCUGCACGGUUUCCUGGGCGCUAGGACCUUGAUCGUUAAGAUGGUGGCCCUGAUUUUGAGUGUUGCCUCUGGCAUGAGUCUUGGAAAAGAGGGUCCCUACGUCCACAUGGCCGCUUGCGUAGGCAAUAUCUUGUGUCGAAUAUUUUCAAAGUACGAUCGAAAUGAUGGCAAGCGACGAGAGGUUAUCUCGGCAGCGGCUGCCGCAGGAGUAGCUGUUGCCUUUGGUGCGCCUUUGGGCGGAGUAUUGUUUGGUCUGGAAGAGGUUUCGUACUUCUUCCCAGCCAAGACAUUGUUCCGCACUUUCUUCUGCUGCAUUGUUGCCGCUUUGUCUCUUAAAUUCCUCAACCCAUAUGGCACACACAAGAUUGUCAUGUUCGAAGUCAGGUAUGUGGUUGACUGGGAAUACUUUGAGCUUGUAAGCUUCAUAUUCGUGGGCGUCAUUGGUGGUGCGUUGGGUGCUCUCUUCAUUAAGGCCUCCAAGUAUUGGGCCCAAUCUUUCAGAAAGAUCAAAUUGAUCAAGAAGUACCCCCUACUGGAGGUGCUUCUUGUUGCGCUGGUGACCGGAUUGAUGAGUUACUGGAAUUCUUUGACAAAGCUUCCGGUUGCCGAACUGCUCCUCAACCUGGCUUCUCCUUGCGAGGGCUCCAACGUUGAUUGGGAAGAGCGAACUCUCUGCCCUGGUUCUAUUGACGAAAUCCCCCCUAUCCUUUCCCACUUGUUUGUGGCCCUUUUGAUUAAGGGUUUCCUGACAGUCAUCACCUUUGGCAUUAAAGUACCUGCUGGUAUCUAUGUACCAUCCAUGGUUGUCGGUGGCCUGAUGGGCCGGAUAGUUGGUCACAUCGUGCAAUGGGCUGUCCUACGUGUCCCGAACUGGGGUAUCUGGGGAGAUUGCGCUUUCAGUCGAGAUGGGUCUUGCAUCCAGCCUGGUGUGUACGGUCUUAUCGCAGCCGGUGCCACCAUGUGUGGUGUGACGAGACUGUCUGUGACACUUGCCGUCAUCCUCUUCGAACUUACUGGUAGUCUCGACUACGUCUUGCCAUUCUCACUGGCUAUUCUCGUGGCCAAAUGGACAUCGGACGCCAUUGAACCAAACAGCAUCUAUGACCUUCUCACAAACAUGAAUUCGUACCCAUUCUUGGACAAUAAGCAUAAACCUAUCUUUACGGAGGAUCUGGCCGAUAUUGUACCAAGGAUUCGAAAAGAACGAAUCAUUGACAUCACAAACUCGCCAGUAGUACCUGCGACUAGUUUGCGAAUCAAGCUUGAGCUCUUGCAUAGAGCUGGUGAGCUCGAUGGAGGAUUGCCCAUUGUGAGGCAUGGUAUUCUGGUCGGGCUUAUACCUGCACCUGAUCUUGGAUUCGCCCUCGAUCAGCUACAAGACGAAGCGACAGACCUUUGCCUGAUGGAUAGAGUUCCCAGCAUCGACGAAGACGACCAAUCCCACGACCCCACGGAUUUCACGCCGUAUAUCGAUCCUGCACCUGUUGCGCUGGAUAUCAAAUCGCCGAUGGACUUGGUUUACGAGUUGUUCUCAAAACUGGGACUCCGUUAUAUCUGCGUGCUCAAGGAUGGCAGAUAUGCUGGAAUGACACACAAGAAGACUUUUGUUAGAUAUAUGCGGGAGCAUGAGGAUUGA